GCUUUUGUCGCUAUCUUCACUUCAGUCCAAUCAUUUUUCAAUAAACGGGACUGACUAAAUUUGUCGAGUCCAGUCAAAUUACUUUAUCAGUAAGCCCGCUAUAUAAUACGUUUAUCUCCAACAAAACACUUUAGUUGUAAAAGGAUCAAGACAAGACAAAAUGAGUUUGGUAGCUAACACCGGGAAACUAGCGGGACGUACGCUGUUUAUAACGGGUGCUUCCCGUGGUAUUGGCAAGGCCAUCGCCCUCAAGGCAGCUAAGGAUGGUGCUAACGUGGUGGUCGCGGCGAAAACGGCCGAGCCGCAUCCCAAGCUACCAGGCACUAUUUACACCGCUGCAGAAGAAAUUGAGGCCUUAGGUGGUAAGGCCCUGCCAUGCAUUGUGGACGUCAGGGACGAGAAAGCGGUGCAAAAGGCGAUAGAUGAAGCUGUUAAAAAGUUCAACGGCAUCGACAUUCUGAUCAACAAUGCAUCUGCUAUCUCGCUCACGGACACGCCCAACACCGACAUGAAGAGAUACGACCUUAUGCACUCAAUCAACACCAGGGGCACCUUUUUGGCUUCAAAGCUCUGCUUGCCGCACCUGAAGAACAGCAACCACGCACACAUCCUGAACCUGUCGCCGCCGCUCAACAUGAACCCCUUCUGGUUCGCGACGCACGUAGCGUACACGAUGGCCAAGUACGGCAUGUCGAUGUGUGUGCUGGGCAUGAGCCACGAGUUCAAGCCGUUCAACAUCGGCGUCAACGCGCUCUGGCCCAUGACUGGCAUCGCGACGGCCGCCAUUGAGAUGCUGACGGGCGACGUGUCGACGAGCCGCAAGCCUGAAAUCGUUUCCGACGCCGCUUACUUCAUGCUGUGCCAGGACCCGAAGACCUACACAGGCAACUUCGCCAUCGACGAAGAUGUUGUGAAGAAAGCAGGAGUCACUGACCUCACACCCUAUGCCUGCGAUCCUAGUAACAUAGAUAAUCUGUUACCCGAUUUCUUUUUGGACGUGCCCGGCUCACCUUCUGCGCAGGCCGCGAAAAAGGAGGGCAAGCCCGAAGGCCAGAUCCCCACAUUGUUCGCAUCUAUCGGCAAGAGCCUGUCACCUGAUUUGGUCAAGAAGACGCAAGCCGUUUACCAGUUCAAUGUCAAAGGUAAAGAAGAGGGCGUGUGGCACAUCGACCUCAAGAACGGAGACGGCGCUUGCGGCCAGGGCGAGCCCAAGAGCCCGCCCGACGCGACGCUCACCAUGGACAGCGGCAACUUCUCUGACAUGUUUGCUGGCAAGCUGAAGCCAGCCACCGCCUUCAUGAUGGGCAAACUCAAAAUCAAGGGAGACCUGCAGAAGGCCAUGAAGCUCGAGAAGAUGAUGAAAUCCCUCCAGAAGAAGUAAAUUUGCCAAAGCGUUGUUCAAUGUUACGCCUCCGACAGACAGACUGACAAUCAUUGUCGAGCAUAUCAAAAUUGUCUAAGUCCUUAUAACUAA